AUGGGGGAUGGUUUGAAGCUGUGCCUCUCUGAAUUCAAGCGGCAGCUAGCUUGGGUGGAAAGGCUGGAUGUGACUUUGGGUCCAGUAACAGAUGUCACAGGUCCAGUCUCACACAGUGCUUCUGACAAAGAUGCUGUUGACCCUGAGAAUGACUUCCAGAGAGAGAUGAGCUUUUACCGACAGGCUCAGGCCGCAGUCCUGGAUGCCCUACCAAGGUUGCGUAAGCUCCAGGUUCCUACUAGAAGGCCAGAUGAUUAUUUUGCAGAGAUGGCCAAAUCUGACCAACAGAUGCAGAAGAUUCGACAGAAGCUUAAGAGUAAACAGGAAGCAAUGGAGAAAUCUGAGAAAGCAAAACAGCUCCGUGCACUGAGAAAAUAUGGCAAGAAGGUGCAAACAGAGAUUCUGCAGAAGAGACAAAAGGAGAAAAAAUCAAUGUUGAAUGCAGUCAAGAAAUAUCAGAAAGGUCUCUCUGACAAGCUGGAUUUCCUAGAGGAAGAGCAGACUUCAUCUCAGGGGAAGAAGAAAGGCAGUGGAAGUCAACGGAUAAAGAGAGGACCAAAUGCCAAACGACGAUACAAGAAUCAGAAGUUCGGUUUUGGUGGGAAGAAGAAGGGAUCAAAGUGGAACACAAAGGAGAGUUUUAAUGACGUAUCCAGCUUUCAGGCAAAAGUGGCUCACAACAAAGGCCCAAGAAAAGCAGGGAAAAAAGCCCUCAAUAAGAGACCUGGAAAGAGAGCAAGGCAGAAAAUGAAAAGCCGAGCACGCUAAGUGGACUGUGCUCCCCAGCGGGGUUCCUAUGUCUCUGCGUUGUAAAAUGUUUCUGCAGUCUUCAAGCAUCUAACUGCAGAGCAAGCUAGAUGCUUCUGUGUGACAUGAAGAAAGUCAGUGGAAACUAGUGACUUAUCGCUAAUUUCUUGUGUGUUUCCUGAAGGACUGUUUUCCACUUAAACCUUUGGCAGGUGUGAAUAAAUUAAAUAGUUUACACAGAA